AAAGUUGCCUCGAAAAUGUCUUUGGGUAAUGGGGGACUGUACUAAUUACUCGGGGCAAAGGAGGGUGGUGAGGUCCAUGGACAUAGAAUCUAGACUAGCUCCAUUACUUGGCCUAACAGUAGUGGAAGCUGGGCUAACACAGGAGGGUUGUGCCUAAAAGAUGAAAUAGGAAAUUUGGGCUUGAAUUAAUUUGAGAAACGCGAUUGGGCUCUAAGUCCAAAUCUGGAUGAUCUAGAACUAGAUGGUGUAAUUUGGGCACCUCAUUCUAUUCCCAGUUCAAUGUCCAAAAACCCCCAGACGAUGAGAAAAAGGAAAAUUUUGUUGUUAUUAUAUUCUCGUGGCGGAUUCCCCUACCACUAGCUACUCUCUUAUUUUUGGGUUCUUCUCCAACAAUUGCUUUUUUUCCAUUUAUUUUUCUUCUGAAAAUUUUCUCUUCUUCCCAGGGUAAGCUUGGUGACAGUGAGAAAUCAUUCAAUUAUUUUACUGCAAAGUUUGGUUUUUUAAGGGGAGACGUGGUAUUGAAAAGUUGGGGUUUUGGUGAUUGAAGGCGAUUGGGCCACAAUCAAAUCGGUGUCACUGCUCAGUAUGAACAAACAAGGUGGUGAAGAUCAAGAUGAAGCAACUGUCAUGGGGUUUGAAGUGCCAAGAUCACCUGAUUCAAGUUAUAAUAAUGCGUUCCCUGGGAGUGAAGAUGAUGCACGUGACCCACCAGUUGUACCUCCACACCUGCAUCAAACCUUGUUUAGCUACCCUGCAAGCAUGAAUGUUUCUGGGAAUCUUCCUUUGCCAGAAAAUGUGAUUCUAAAUCAUCUUUAUAUUGAAAACCGAGAGGCGCCAAGAUCUGUAGUUGCACUUGGGUUCACUCAGCGCUUCCGUUCGAAGUACGUUACAGUUGUGCUGUACAAACCAGUUCCAAGAAGUGGGAGUACCAGUACUCAACAUAUGAAUAGAGAAUAGAGCUUCACGUUGGGUAGGUUGAUUUGCCCUUGUGACGGAAUUAGUUGCAAUAGACUCAAAUGCAGAAUUAGCAGAAAGAAUAUUUAUUGGUUUCACAGCAGUUAAUGACCUAGGGGUUGUACAUUGAACCCGAAAAUUAACAUUUGACUUAAAAUAUUAGUUAUGUUAUGAGGGUUGUGAGCUUGUUUGGUGCCAAGGUAUGGUUCCAAACUUAAAGCUAUUGUAGUUGUGGGCAUUGAAUUAAUGGAUUGGUUCAUUUUGAUAGGUAUGUCUGCCAUCAGAUAGCUUUGUGAUAUGUUUGAUCAGUACUAUCUAAACUCUGAUUCUUUUUCUUUUAUAUGGCUAUGGUCGAUUGCCUUGGUUAAGGGACGAUAUUCCAGUCAUCCUUAGGAUUGAAUCCAAGCUCGUGGCAGGCCAAACACAAGCUCCUGACUAAAAAAACUCAUCGACCUUUAAAAAGAAUUAGAAAUUGUCUGAAGAAAAUUUUACUUCUUUUAUUAAAAGAUGAUCUAAGGAUCUAUUGUCCUCAAGUGAAGUGACUUAAAUCAACCAUUUUCAUGGUCCAUUUGGUUCUCUUCUUUUUUUUGUCUGUUUACUCUUUUCAACAGCUAGAAAUUUUUUAGGGUCAUAACUUUCGGUUACUUGACUAUUCAUAUGCAUGGGUCGCUUUCAAGCUGAUUGUUACUCAAGUCUGCCAUUUGCAAAUUGAUUUCAAAGUAGACUAUUGAAUAAGAAAUUAAAACCAUUAAUUUUAUUUACCAACCACCAAUUACUUCAAGGUAAAACUUGGAUGAUUGGCCAUAAUGCUCCUCUA